AUGUUAAUUUCAAAACAAGAUGCAGGUAUCGUACAAUUAUAUUCGCCCAAAGACAUUCCUGUUGCGGAAUUUUCAUUGGAGUUGUCGUUGGAGGAGGCACGUCUUUCGCGAGCCCGUCACUUAUCCAAACAAUUUAUUAUACCGCCGACUAUACCAAUUCUGGGUAAUGCCCAGAUGUUGGUGGGCAUUAAACCGGAACGUAUAAUCUAUGUUAUACGCGAAAUAAUCGAGAAACAUGGCAAAACGGUUGGUUUUUGGUUUGGUCCCUUUAUAUUUGGUAUUUUCAUGAUGGACAUUAAAUAUGCUGAGUGUGUCUUGAGUUCCAACACUUUGCUGGUCAAGUCAAUGGAAUAUGAUUUUUUAAGGAACUGGCUGUGUGAGGGUCUUCUCAUCAGUAGGCCACCGAAAUGGUUUAAACGCAGAAAGAUUUUAACGUCGGCAUUUCAUUUUAAUAUUUUGACACAAUUUAUUGAGAGUUUCGAUCGUAAUGCUCGGGUUUUUGUGCAAAAUUUACAGAGUGCAGCGGAGCGUAAAGGAGGUGGUAUUGUGAAUAUGGAUCAUUGGCUGAAUUUGGUGACAUUGGAUAUUAUUUGUGGUGAGUAG